CUAGGAAGCAAUUGAAGUUAGACUUGGAUGAAAGUGAAAUAGUGUCACUCAUUGACAACCUGGAGAAAUGUAAGGAAGAUGUUGAUAACAUCUAUAUUAAGAUAAGGAAAUAUAUUUCUCCAAGCAAUGAAACGAGACGGCGUGUUGAUGCAUGUGAAGCCGUCACAAGGGACAUUAUGAAGAUAGCUCAGGAACGACUUGUUGGCCUAGACGGAGAUUACGAUCCAGAAACUGUGAAGCACCGCCUUCAUGAGCUUUCAAAGUGUGAUUACGCUCACUCAAUUUAUGGUUCAACAGUGUCACCCUCCAGUCUACACUCAAGCAGUUCAAGUCAAAGUUCCAUUCUAGCAGCCAAAAGAACAGAAGCUGCAGCAGAACUUGCAGCCAAGGAAGCUGAGUAUGAAGGGAAAUUAAAGGAGGAAAUGCAAAGACAAAGAAUACAACGUUUGGAAGAACAACAGAAAAGAGAACUGCUAGAUCAGAAAGGCGAGUUAGACAGACUUAAAGCAGAGGCUGACAUCAGGGCUGCAAGAGCAAGAUUGGAAGUGUACAAUCAAGAAGUCAACGUACACUCCUAUGAUUACGAAACUAAAACGUAUGAGAGAGUGUUUCUUGAACGUCCUGUACAAUCAACACCAGGCCAGCACCACUCUAAAGCUCUGCCAGCUUCACCUCCUCCGCCCGCAGAUGUGUCAUUUCUGGCUCAAGCACUACAAGACAGCAUCGCCCUGAACCGGCUACCAAUGCCUGAACCUACCGUUUUCUCUGGCGACCCGAUACAGUUCAAUGAAUGGAAGGCCUCAUUCGUAUCUCUCAUUGACAGGAAGAAUAUUUCAUCAGCCGAAAAACUUCACUAUCUGAGAAGAUACGUCAGUGGUGAAGCUCGAAAAACACUGGAAGGCAUUUUCUACAGAGAUGAUGAUGAUGCAUAUAAGGAUGCCUGGCUUCGUCUCAACCACAGGUACGGUCAGCCCUUUACUAUUCAAAGAGCAAUCAGAGAAAAACUGAAAAACUGGCCAAAACUCCAGCCCAAAGAUGCAGGAGGAUUCAGAGCAUUAGCAGACUUUCUCCAAACAUGUCUGGAAGCCAUUCCUCAUGUCAAGGGUUUAAACAUAUUAAAUGAUUGUGAGGAGAAUCAAAAAUUAGUCAAGAAACUACCAGAUUGGGCCGCAUCACGCUGGAACCGACAUGUCACUCAGGUGAUCAAUGAAAGGCAGGAAUUUCCAGAAUUCAAGGAAUUUGUCUCAUUCAUGCAUAUGGAAGCUGAGAUUGCGUGUAAUCCCAUAACUUCCUUUCACGCACUGAAUUCAAGUGAGACGCAUGCAGACAAACUCCCAUCAAAGGAGAGAAGAAACAGGUCCAAUGUUCUCCAUACACAGACCUCCACGGAAACUCAUCCACCUUCAAAAACAAAUGCAAACCCUCUGUGCAUGUUCUGUCUCAGUAUUAGCCAUCGUCUACACCGAUGUCCAAACUUCAGACGCACCUCACUAGAUGAAAGGCGAGAAUUUGUGAAAGACAAACGUCUCUGUUUUGGUUGUCUAAAACCUGGACACAGUGCGAAGGAGUGCCACCGCAAACAUAUCUGCGACAACUGUAAAGGAAGACAUCCAACUCAGCUCCAUGAUGACAACUUCUGCAAAGGGAAACCAAAGCUUGUGUCACCCCAACCGGACAUGGAAACGGCAACAACACAGUCUCUGCACACAAGAACUGAAGACUCAUCGAUCCACACAUCCAUGAUUGUUCCAGUUUGGAUCUCUUUAAGCCACAAUCCAGUUACAGAGAAGCUAGUUUAUGCUCUUCUGGACACUCAAAGUGACACUGUCUUCAUUGAUGAAGAGGUCGGUCAUAGUCUUCAAGCAGAGACACAGCCUGUAAAGUUAAAGAUGACAACGAUGAUGGGGAGAGAUGAGGUAAUGAAUAGUGAAAGGAUUACGGGUCUCAGAGUGCGAGGCUAUAAUUCAUCAACCUACAUCGAUCUACCACCAGCUUACAGCCGAGACUGCAUUCCAAUUAGUCGAGCACACAUUCCUACGUGUGAAACGGCAAGACAGUGGAACCAUCUUCAACAAAUCGCUCAAGAGAUUCCACCACCACUAAAAUGUGACGUUGGUCUUCUAAUCGGCUACAACUGCUCUCAAGCGUUAGCACCACGACAAGUGAUUCUGGGAGGAGAUAAUGAGCCUUAUGCAGUUCGAACUGAUUUGGGUUGGAGUGUUGUUGGUGGUUCAUCAUUCCAUAACAAAUCUGGCAUCAACAGCAUUUGCCACAGAGUUGCUGUCAAGGAACAUCCCCCGGUGACACCACUAGAUGUUAUUAAGGUUCUGGAGUCUGAUUUCAAGGACACAGACAAGAGUGAAAAUUCGUUCUGUCAAGAUGACAUUCUCUUUCUCAAUAUAAUGAGGGAAAACAUCAGCAAAAAUGAUCAAGGACAUUAUGAAAUGCCGCUACCAUUUAAGGAAAGACCACAUCUCCCGAACAACAGACAACUUGCAGUCGUGCGACUAGGCCACCUGAAAAAGAAAUUACUGAGGGAUGAAAUGUACAAAGAACAUUAUGUGAAGUUCAUGAGUGAAGUCAUUGACAGAGGUGAUGCAGAAGAAGUGCACCAAGGUGGAAAGGAAGGAGAAAGGUGGUACAUUCCACACCAUGGAGUUUAUCACGCCAAAAAACCAAGUAAGCUCCGUGUGGUCUUCGACUGUUCUGCAAGAUACCAAGGAACAAGCCUCAAUGAACAUCUUCUUCGAGUUUCAUGUGCCUGAACCUGACAGAGACUACCUACGUUUCCUUUGGUGGAAAAAUGGAGAUCUUACAGCAGAGCCUUCCGAAUACAGAAUGAAGGUCCAUCUCUUUGGUGCAGCAUCAUCGCCUGGAUGUGCCAACUACGGACUCAAACAUCUGGCAAAGGAGAACCAAGGUCAGUUUCCUCUUGGAUCACAGUAUAUCAUGAAAGACUUUUAUGUUGACGAUGGUGUUACAAGUGUAGCAGAUGCGAGCCAAGCUGUUCAGCUUGCACAGGAGGCAACACAACUGUGUGCUUUAGGUGGUCUAAGACUCCAUAAAUUUGUGUCCAACAGCAAGCUUGUUCUUGAAAGUUUACCACAGUCUGAAUGUGCCAUUCACUUACAAGAUCUUGAUUUGAAUCUCAAUGAGCCCAAAACAGAACGAGCUCUGGGGAUACAUUGGCACCCUGAGUCUGACACUUUGAGAUUUCAAAACUACCUGAAAGGACAACCUGAAUCACGGCGUGGGAUACUGUCCACAGUUGCCUCAAUUUACGACCCACUUGGUCUAAUCGCUCCAGUCUUGCUUGUUGGAAAAAGAGUGCUUCAGGAGACUUGUAAACGUGGAAUUAGCUGGGAUGAACCACUUGUCAGCCCACUACAAGCUACGUGGGAACAAUGGAAAGGUGAGCUGAAUAGACUGAAUUCAAUCUCAGUUGCUCGUUGUUUCAUUCCCUCUGACUUUGGACACACAGUAAAAAGAGAGCUACAUCACUUUUCUGAUGCUAGCACAUAUGGGUAUGGCCAAUGCUCAUACCUACGACUGUUAAAUGAUGCAGGAGAUGUCCACUGUACUCUGAUUAUGGCCAAGUCCAGAGUUGCGCCAAUCAAAGUUGUAACGGUCCCCAGACUAGAACUGACUGCAGCAGUUGUUUCAGUUUCAAUCAGUCACAUAUUGAAGGAAGAACUUGAUCUUGAGGGAGCUGAGGAGUACUUUUGGACGGAUUCCAAAGUCGUCUUGGGUUACAUCAACAAUGAGGCUCGACGUUUUCAUACAUUUGUCUCAAACAGAGUACAGAAAAUACGCCUCAUGACCAGCCCGCAGCAAUGGCGAUACAUAUCGUCAGAAGAAAACCCUGCUGACCUCGCCUCCCGGGGCUCCACUGCAGACCAACUCGUUACUUCAGGCUGGUUUUCAGGACCGCAGUUUCUAUGGCAAAGGGAGCUACCUCCGGAAAUAGAGUUCAUACCUGAUGUACAAAUUGGAGACCCUGAAGUGAAAGGCGUACAACCUCUCAAUGUACAGUGUACUGAGCAAACAAAUCUGUUGGAGAAACUCUCAAAGUUCUCCUCUUGGAGCAAGGUCACUCAAGCAAUCGCUCGUCUAAUCCGCCGUGCCAAGGGUGACACAUCAACGGACCUCAGCACUGUUCAGGAGAGAGAGGAAGCAAAAUGUUUAAUCAUCCAGCGUCUACAAGUGCAAGAAUAUUCACAAGAGAUUCACAAAACACUGAAAAGAGGAAUUCUACUGUCACCACAGAGUCAACUUUACAAGUUUGAUGCCUUUCUUGAUCAGGACGGAAUACUCAAGGUGGGAGGACGACUUAGAAAUUCAUCUCUCCCAACAUUUCAAAAGCAUCCAACUUUGCUUCCAAAGAAUCACCACAUCACCAAGCUGAUCAUUGCUCAUUAUCACUCGACGAUCAAGCAUCAAGGAAAAGGCAUGACAAUGAACGAGAUCAGAGCCAACGGGUAUUGGAUUCCAGGUCUUAACGGAACAGUCGCAUCACUAAUUCAUCACUGCGUCACAUGUCGAAAGCUAAGAGGAAGCACAGAAGAGCAGAGAAUGGCUGAUUUACCAUCUGAACGUUUGGAUCCUUCACCACCAUUCACAUACUGUGGAAUGGACUGCUUCGGUCCUUUUCUCACGAAACAAGGACGAAAGACAAACAAGAGAUAUGGACUCUUAUUUACUUGCCUGUAUUCUCGUGCAAUCCAUAUUGAGAUGUUGGUGGACAUGUCAUCUGAUGCAUUCAUCAACGCCCUUCGAUGUUUUAUUGCUCUGAGAGGAACUGUGCGUCAGAUAAGGUGUGAUCAUGGCAGUAAUUUUGUCGGCGCAAAGCAUGAACUCACUCAAGCUCUAAAGGAACUUGACUGCAACAGACUGGCUACCUAUUUAGCGGAGAGACAGUGUGACUUUAAAAUGAAUGCUCCCCAUGCCAGUCACGCAGGAGGUGUAUGGGAGCGACAAAUCCGAACAGUCAGAAAUGUUCUCAGUGCUACACUUUCGCUCUCAUCUAACAGAUUAGACGAUAGUUCACUGCGGACCUUCUUCUACGAAGCUAUGUUCAUUGUGAACAGUCGCCCCCUCACAGUUGAAAACCUCAGUGAUCCAAACAGCCUUGAACCACUAACGCCUAAUCAUCUAAUCACCAUGAAAUCAUCUGUGGCUUUACCUCCACCUGGCAAGUUCAUCAAAGAGGACAUGUAUGCUCGAAAGCGAUAGCGUCGCGUUCAGUUUCUCUCCGAACAGUUUUGGAGUCGAUGGAAGGGGGAAUAUUUGAGCAACAUCUCGACACGUCAACGUUGGUACAAAAUAAGAAGGAAUCUUCGUGUAGGAGACAUUGUCCUGGAGAAGACACUGGACCAUCCACGAAGUGAAUGGAAAUUGUCAAAGGUGGUUCAGACAGUGACGGACAAGGACGGACUCGUAAGAAGAGUGAAGAUACAAGUUGCUGAUCAGAAGAUUGGGCCAGAUGGACAACGUUUUGGCAAGAUAUCAGUUGUGGAACGACCAGUUCAUAAGUUGAUCCUUCUGGUGGAGACUGCAUAAUUGACAAUGUUAUUUAGAGACAUAUCCUUAAUAAGUGAUGUUUAACGGAUAUUAAUGACAUCAUCUAAAGUGGACUGAAAGCAUUUAAGUAAAUCAUUCGUUUAUUUAUGUGAAUCAGAGUUACACUCAUGAUUGGUGGGAGUGUAACAGAUUUAAUGUUAGAUAAAUGGUGUUCUGAGUUCGAUGUUUGUUGUUUCGGUGAGAAUUAUUAUUUUAAUUUGAAAGGCUAUCCCGGAAGUAUUCUAAUCAUCCACACUAUGAGCUUGACGCAAGUUACCCGAGUUAAGCAAUUUAAUUUUGGCGUUUGACUGAGUAGGGCACAAGGUUUGUAUAUGUUUCCUCUGUGACUUGAUAUAUUUUGUCUUUACUUUAUUGAGACGGACAGCAUGUGGGGAAUAUUUUGUUUUAGUGCGUUUGGCUUUCGACUUGACAAGCAUAGCGAACUUUGCUAACGG